AUGUCCAUUUUUAAGGAAUUUUAUGUUUUAUGCGAACUAAAAAAUCAUAAAAAGGACGACAACAAUUUCGAAGAAGGAAUUUCCGGAUCUGCUUCAGAGCGAGAAGAUGACGCAGUCGACGCGGCAGAAAUCGAAGAAGAUCAAAAUGCAAUGACAGUCUUGGAUUUCGGGAUCGAAGAAAUGGACGACGAAGACGGGGAUUAUCAUGUGAUGGCGGUCAACGCUGUCCAUCAAUAUGUCGGCAUGAUCAAGUUUCUUUCGAGUGAUGGAUCAAGGAUGAUGGUGCAGGGCCAAUCGGAUUCCAGCGACGAGGAAAACGCUCUCGAGCUCAACAUUGAAGAAAACUCAUUUGAGAGCCAAUCUGACGAAGCGGAUUCAAGUGAAGUUUCAGAAGCAUACUCUGAAUUUUAA